AUGGCCCGACCUCAGCUGUAUCUACCAGAACCCUUUAAGACUGCCUACAGAAAAGUUGGACAGUGCCGAAGAUUCCAGCAACUCAAGAAGAAAAAUGGCUCAUUCAAAAGGAAGGGGAUAGAAAGAUGGCAUAGAGCUGUGUCUACCAACUUACUAAAACAAAAUGUAUUGGUCCCUAAAGAGGAAUCAUCCAGUGAUAGUGACAUGGGAUUUCAUGAAAGACAGCAAAAUCAGAAAAGUAAUUUGAAGACGAAAGUGAAGAGUGCUUUUAGGAGGAUGCUGUCCUACAAGUAUAGAAGCAAGCCAGCAAGUGCCAGCCAAGAGGGCUCCACUGACCAUAAGGAAGCCCUCCUGUCAAACACGCAGAGCCUUCUCCCUAGGAUUGUCAAGGAGUUUCCAUCUCCCAAGUUAUUUACAGCAAAAAUGAGAAAGCUCUCAGAGAAUGCAACUAUACCACUUGAUGUUGUAGAGGCAGAGACAGAGGAGAUAACCCAGGGAAACACACUCCUUCGGGCCAGGAGAACCACCAAGCGGUUAUCUGUGACAUCUCUUCCUUCAGGACUGCAAAAGGGGCCAUAUUCACCGAAAAAGAGACCACACUUUCCAGCACUUAAAAAAAAGAAGCGUGGCAUGGAAAACAUCCUUCAAAAAUCAGAUUUGACAGUAGGAAGGCUUCAAAUGCAGGUGGAUGACCUCAUAGAAACAGUGACUGAUAAAUCCAUGAAGCUAUUGGCCCAAAGACAUGCUGAGCUUCAACAGUGUGAGUUUCUGGGGGAUGAAAUUCUUCAGUCUUCUAAACAGUUCCAGAGGAUAUCCAAGAGAACCAUGAGGAAGUAUAAAUUUAAAAAUGUGUGUUUCCCAUGUACCUGCUGCUGCUUCUGA